CCAUAUGUCCAAGCUGCCGUCUUCCGGCGGCCGUUAAAAAAACUAGCCAUCAUUGGCUCUGAUUACUUGGAAGUUUCCACGGACAAAAUUUAACUUCCUCUGUUUUUUUUCCUUCGAACCAAACCAUAACCCUUUCAGUUAAUCUUUACCCAGUCAAACCUCACCCAAUCAAAAUACCUCUCUCUACCCUCUAAGAUUCAACUCAUUAUCACAUACCCAUUUCAAUCCACCCAUUACACAGCUGACUUCCCAAUCAUUUACCAUUUUUUUUUAUACUAAAAAAAAAAACCAACUUGUUCAAAGCUUAAUAAUUGCAAUACUAGUAUUUAAUCUAUGUUCUUGCUUCAAUUGAAAGGCUUCGCAUAUUCAUAUUGUUUUUUGGGUGUUUGAUUACAGUUUGGUGUUUGAUCGUUUGAUGGCGGUUUCACCUCACGCUUUCCCGCCAAGAAAGCGACGGCCGUCUGCCGGAUCUUUCGUGUCCCCGAAUUUCUCCGACCACCGUUUGCUGCAAUCUCUGGUAUCAAUCUCACUAGAAAUCUCGUCUCUCCAACCUCUCCGAUGUCUCUUCCGGCGCAAUUCGACUUCGAUCAUUCGCAAGACGAAGCUGCUUUCGGUCCUGUUCGAAGAAUUGAUUCGUAAUCAAUUAACCUGUUUUUCGCCUUCUGCUUUGUUGUGCUUCGAAGAAUUGUAUAUAGUUUUGCAGAGAGUCAAGACUUUGAUUGAAGAUUGUUCCAGCGGAAGCAAGAUAUGGCUUCUCAUGCAAACCGAAUCGAUUUCAAACACUUUCCAUGAACUCACCGUUGAUUUAUCGACUCUGCUAGAUAUUUUUCCUGCAAAGGAUAUGAAUCUGAACGAAGAUAUCGAAGAACUGGUUGCUCUGAUCAGGAAACAGUGUUCGAUGACGAAAACAAAUUUAGAUCCUUCUGAUGAUAAUCUCAGGUGUGAAGUAUUGAAAAUGCUUCAUCGAAUCAAGAGAGAGAUUGUUCCUGAUCAAUCUAAGCUCUCUGGAAUCUUCGAUCGAUUGCAAUUACGGGAUUCAACGAGUUGCAGAGACGAAAUCGAGAAUCUCGAAGACGAAGUUCAGAAUCAAACCCAUGAGAAAUCGAAAUCCGAUCUCAUUGCUUUGAUUGGCCUGGUUCGUUACGCUAAAUGCGUGCUGUACGGAGCAUCGACGCCGAGGACCGCGGGGAGGCGGCGGCGAUCGGCGGUGGAGAUGAAUUUUCCGGCGGACUUCCGGUGCCCGAUCUCUCUCGAUCUGAUGCGGGACCCGGUGGUUGUGUCCACAGGUCAGACGUACGAUCGCGGGUCGAUCAAUCUCUGGAUCGAAUCUGGACACAACACGUGUCCAAAGACAGGUCAGACUCUGGCCCACACGGAGCUCACACCCAACUGUGCGUUGAAGAACUUGAUAGCCAUGUGGUGCCGGGAACAGAGAAUCCCAUUCGAAGCUACAGAACCAAAUGAGAGAGUCAACGGCCUAACUCAUAACAAGACGGCGCUAGAGGCUACCAAAAUGACGGUGUCAUUUUUGAUCAACAAAUUAACAGCGUCUCAGUCAGUAGAGACCGCAAACCGUGUCGUCCACGAGCUUCGGAUCCUAGCCAAAGCAGAUACCGAGAGCCGAGCCUCCAUUGCCCAAGCCGAGGCAUUACCUCACCUUGUGAAAUGUUUAGGUUCGGAGAAUCCGAACCUGCAAGUCAACGCCGUUACAACCAUCCUCAACCUUUCAAUACUCGAAGCCAAUAAAACGAGAAUAAUGGAGACUGACGGAGUUUUAAACGGCGUUAUUGAGGUGUUGCAGACCGGUGCGACGUGGGAGGCAAAAGGGAAUGCCGCAGCAACCAUAUUCAGUUUGACAGGUGUACAUGCUCAUAGAAAGAAGCUGGGGAAGAAGACACGUGUCAUCAAGGCAUUGAUAGAUUUGGCAAGAGAAGGCCCCACAAGUUCAAAGAGGGAUGCCAUGGUGGCGAUUUUGAGUUUGGCGGGAGAGAGGGAGGCGGUUGGGAAGUUAGUUGAGGGAGGGGUGGUUGAGAUGACCGGUGCACUCAUGGACAGGCUACCGGAAGAAGCAGUUACAAUUCUCGAGGUAGUGGUGAAGAGGGGCGGAUUAGUGGCUGUUGCUGCCGCAUAUCAUGUGAUUAAGAAAUUGGCGGCGGUGUUGAGAGGCGGCACUGAUAGGGCUCGGGAGAGUGCUGCCGCGACGCUUGUGAAUAUUUGUAGGAAAGGGGGGUGGGAGACGGUAGCGGAGCUGGCGACCAUGCAGGGAAUUGAGAGGGUGAUUUGGGAAAUGAUGGGAACGGGAACGGGGAGAGGGAGAAGAAAGGCAGCGUCGCUGUUGAGGAUUCUUCGGAGAUGGGCAGCUGGGUUGGAUGGUGGCAAUGCAACGGUUGGUUACUCUUCAACCACUACAGAUGAUGUGAGUAUAGUAUUGCCAGGGUAAAAACUUUGAUCAAUUGUUUAAUUUUGAGUUAAAUUGUAAAGAUCUCAAAGCGAUAUGAUAGAUUUGUUCUUUGGUUAUUCAAUGGAUGCAUUUGUUUCUUUUCAAGGCUCAUUGCAAUGAUGCAUUUGUUAUUGAACUUUCUUUUUAAUAACCCAAAAAAAAAAAAAA